AUGAUUGGGAUAAAUGAAGCUGCGCGAAAAUCACCACAAUCUGCAAGGAAAAAUACAUCAGCGAGUGAAAAGGAAAGUAACAAUUACUCCUCAGAUGAAACAAAGAAGACUGGAAAAAAAGGAGAAGUUGAGGCUGAGUGUGUGGACAUCCCACAACACUCACCUGAGGGACACUCCCGUCUUAACAUAUUCCAGGAUGACACCAAGCCUGAAGGACACUCCCGUCUAAACAUACUCCAGGAUGACACCAAGCCUGCCUUAGCAACCCAGGUGAUGGCAUCUCUGGUGAUGGCACUUGUACAAGUAGGUUGCGGCACUUCAAUGGCAUUCUCGGGCAUAACGCUGCCACAGCUCACCAACCCCAAGACACAUGAUCUCUUCCUCAACCAGUCACAAACAGCAUUAUUUGGAGCUUUAUCGUACCCCAGAGUACCCCAGGGUACACCUUUCCGUGCUUCGCCGUCCUCCGCGUGCUCCGCUGUGCUCCGCCGUGCUUCGCCGUGCUCCGCUGUGCUCCGCCGUGCUCCGCCGUGCUCCGCUGUGCUCCGCCGUGCUCCGCUGUGCUCCGCCGUGCUCCGCCGUGCUUCGCCAUGCUCCGCCGUGCUCCGUCGUUUUCGUGGAUUAUCACGGCUUCUUUUACGAAGCCUGGGAUACUUGGGAUCAGCUAUAGGGAGCUGUGUGAGUGGACCACUACUAGUGAAGCUUGGCCAGCGAAUGACGUUACUGGUGAUCCUACCCAUCGCUGUGGUUUCAUGGCUCAUCCUCGCUCUUUCUCCAACCGUCUGGCUUCUAUUAACUAGUCGCACAUUUCUGGGCAUCACCAUGGGCAUCAUGGCUAUUGCUUCUUUGCUAUAUACCAUUGAAAUCUCUCAUAAGAAUAUACGUGGAAUUCUAUCUGGAGCCAAUUACUUAGCUAGGCUAUUGGGCUUUUUAGUAGUGUCUGCUCUAGGAGUUUCUAAGCUCGACUGGAGACAGAUGGGCUUCGUUUUUAGCGGAGUGUCAGCAGUUCCUUUCUUUUGUCUCUUUUUCCUGCCUAACUCUCCUCGUUGGCUCGUCACUCAAGGUCGUCUUAGCGAAGCUCAGAAAGCUCUUGUUUUUUUCAGAGGGAAACAUUAUGACUGCGAACCAGAAUUACUGGAUAUCACACAACAAAUUAAUAAUUUCCCUCUUUGUGUAGUUGAUCGUCUAGGACGCAAACCAUUGAUCUUAAUUUCAUAUUGUUUGUGUUCUCUGUGUAUGGCUAUUUAUUGAAGUACUUCUACCAUACAUGGGACAGGGAUUACCAGUGGCAUGGUGGAAUACCCAUUACAAGCAACAAUGAUAUUUAUCUUCUUUAUUGGCGUUGGCCAGCCUGCCUUUUCAAUAUUGUGUGGAGAACUUCUGCCUACAUCAUGUCGAUCUGUUGGAAAUUCGAUAUUUGUCUUGGUAUUAAUGACUGGGACAUUUAUUGCAUCUUAUACUUAUCCCAUGACAAUAGAAGCACUUGGCCAACACGGGACUUUCUGGGUCUUCAGUGGUGUGUGUGCAGUAAUAACUUUUGUCAGCGCUGUCUGUCUUCCAGAGACUCGCGGACGCUCGCUGGAAGAGAUCACGGGAAACCGUCUUAACUGCUGGGCAGAAACUACAAAACUUUGAAAAACUAUUCC